CCAAAAAGAUCCAAUCUCGGCGGCGCUCUCUUUCGUUCGUCUAUAGGUUAUCUCUUCGGCAGGCUGUCGGCUCGUGAUUGGCCGGCGGAGAGGACGGAACCACCUAUGAGCGGCAAGGUCGUGGGGCGCCUGCUGGGUGCUGGUGACGGGCGCCUCUCGGGCCUGGGCGCUGCCAUCUGCGAGGGCGUGGCGCCGCUCCUGGGGGACGGCUCCCGCAUGGUGGGCGUGGCGCGCACUGCGGGCGGCCUCACCAGCACCGAGGGCCAGGUCAAGAAGGCCAGCGCCAAGGUCGAGUUUAUCCCAGUCGUGUUGGACCUGGGUGUGGCAAGCAAGGCUGACAUGGAGAAUGCUCUCAAAUCAGCUUUUGGGGGUGCAAAUGUGCCAAGUCCCUCGCGUGUUCUCAUCUUCCACAAUGCCGGGUCCCUUGGCAGUCUCAAGUACCUAAAAGACCAAGUGGACCAGCAGCACGUCCAACAGUAUUUUAAUCUAAACAUAAGCUCGGUUGUGACACUUAAUGCUUUGUUCAUGGGUAUGGUACGUUCACUGGCUCCAAGUGCGGCAAUAGAGGUGAUAAAUAUAUCGUCUCUGUGUGCAGUGCAGCCCUUCAAGUCAUGGGGUUUAUACUGUGCAGGCAAAGCAGGCAGAGAUAUGUUGUUUAAGGUCUUGGCUGCUGAAGAACCUAAUGUUACGGUGUUGAACUAUGCUCCUGGACCUCUCGAUAAUGACAUGCAGAUGAUUGCGCGCACCGAGACAGCAGAUGAUGGUCUUCGUUCCGUUUUUUCCUCGAUGAAGAAUGAGGGCAAGCUCCUUCCGUGUAGCACAUCUGUUGGCAAACUUAUAGACAUUUUGAACAGCAAGAAAUUCAAGUCUGGAGAUCACGUUGAUUAUUAUGACGAAUAGUGCUGUGCAGAUUGUAAAGCACUCAUUCUGAUAAAUGUAAAAUGAACUUCAGUUAAUAUUUUACAGGAUCCCUGCCCCAAUCUUUUUAUGUAAGCUUGAGAAAUUGAGAUUCCAUGAAGUAGAAAUUUAAUUGAGAAAGGUUAAGGGAAAAGCAAAUUCAUAGUCAUAUUUAAUAUCAAUGCCUUAGUAUACACAACAUAAUAAUUCCAUGUUCAUGAUAAUAGAAAUAAUAAGAAAGACAGUUUAAUGUGAAUCACAAUGAAACACCAGUAUUAUGAUCUAAUUUUUUUACUUUGUAUUUUGUAACAGCUUGAAGUGAAGUGCAGUGUGGCAUGUUGGUGUUCGUGCCUGUUGUUGAAAUUUUUUAUUUUUGCUAGAUAGUAUGCGUUAAAUAAUUUUUGCUAUAGAGUAUACGUUGAACUAUUUUUUCUCUCCAAUAUUAUUUUUAAACAAAUAUGAUCAAUUA